GAAUGCUACCGACACUUGGCUCCCGAAUCUACAGCUUCGGAUUCUCCCGAGCCUAAGCUGUGUCCUCUGACAAGUGACAAUCACUCACUCACUCUCUCUCUCUCUCUAUCCUUCUACUAAGCAUGAAACCAAACUCUUUGGUUAGUGCUCUGCUAUUUCUGUUUGGCUGGCAUCACUCCCAGACUCGGUCACUGCGAAAACCGCUUUCUUUUUUGCCUUUUUUCUGUCACUGACUAACUUUCUCGAUCUUCUCUUUCCAUCUCUAAGUUUCCCAGUUUCGGGUUUCUUCCGUUUCAUGCGUUGUUUGCACUUUUCCGUUUCGUGAAUUAGCUUCUGGUUUUUUGUUCUUUCUCUCGAUAAGCUCGCUUUUUCUUCCCGGCCCAUUAAACUAAAUCACGAGAAGAAAAAAGAAAUUUCGCCUUUUCAACCUGAAUUAUGUACAAGAUUUAGUAACGCUAAAUUGGGUGUCACUGAUUUCAUCUUUUCUAUCGUAACUUUUAUCUCAAUUACGGAAAACGACAACGAAAUAUGAUCCACGCUAAAUCCGACUCCGACGUGACGAGUCUAGACCCGUCGUCGCCGAGAUCACCAAAACGACCGGUUUACUACGUACAGAGCCCAUCGAGGGAUUCCCACGAUGGCGAUAAAUCGUCUUCGAUGCAAGCCACGCCGGCCUUUAACAGCCCCAUGGAGAGUCCUUCCCACCCCUCCUACGGUCGCCACUCGAGAACGUCCUCCGCUAGUCGAUUUUCCGGAAACUUCCGGUCGUCUUCCGACCGGAAAGUGGGCCGGAAGAGAAACGAGAAGGGCUGGCCCGAGUGUGAUGUGAUCGAAGAAGAAGGGAACUACGACGAGUUUUAUCGGGACAAAGGAGUGACCAGGCGGUGCCAGAUUCUGCUUGCUUUGCUUGGCUUUGUUCUGAUAUUCUCUAUUUUCUGUUUAAUUCUCUGGGGAGCUAGCAGGCCUUAUAAGGCUAGGAUCACUCUCAAGUCAUUGACUGUGCAUAAUUUUUACUUUGGGGAGGGAUCAGACAUGACUGGAGUCCCAACAAAGUUGCUGACAAUGAACUGUUCGGUAAGAAUGAGUGUGUACAAUCCUGCUACAUUCUUCGGCAUCCAUGUGACCUCCUCUCCUGUUAUCCUUAUGUAUUCGGAGAUCGCAAUUGCUAAAGGCCAGUUGAAGAAGUACUAUCAGCCAAGGAAGAGCCACCGGACGGUGUCUGUGAAUCUUCAAGGAAUAAAGGUGCCUCUAUACGGGGCAGGAGGGAGCUUGGCAGUCUCAGACAGCGACAGUGAAGUUCCGAUGACGCUGUUGUUUGAAGUACGGUCAAAGGGUCAUGUGGUGGGGAAGUUGGUAAAGUCAACUCACCGAAGACGCAUAACUUGUUCUCUUCACAUUGAUUCUCACAAAUCCAAGCCCAUCAAGUUUAAGCACGAUUCUUGUAUGUUUGAGUAAUUAAUUAUUAUGACAGCACUUCGUUUCUUUAGAGAGACAAUUAAUCUUUCUAGAGUUUUGUGUUCCCCUCAUAGUAGUUGGUCGAAUUGCUGAGAUUAAAUUCAUUGAUAUAUUGAUACGAAAGAGAGACAGAGAUUGGCAAUUAGUGAUUUUGAGUCGUGUAUUGUCACCUGCGUUGAGAAGAUUCUUGUCUCAAUCUUUGUAGUAAUAAGCUGAUACAAUCUUUGUAGUAA